CAGAGCAGUGAUAUGAAAACCUUAAUGGUGAUUUAUGAAAUUCUACGUGUAGCCCACGCAUGAGAGGCUACGGCUUUUGGUGGUCGCAAACCUCAUUUUAUCCAACAGGUCUGUCGUACGUGACGUUUGCUGGUCAUUAAUAUGUAGGUAGCUAUUAACAUAUUCAGCAGUUUGAGUAGCAGGCUGUUCUGCAGCGUUCCAUGCGAGUGAGCAAGAAAAGAAAGCUUAGGGUAGUAUCGCGGCUGGUGGAGGAACCAGGGGAGGAAACGUGAAGAAUGGCUAGAAACUGACCGUGUUUUUGUCCAGGAAACAAAUCCGAGAAGCGGGGGGAAGACUCCGAAAAAUAAAAUACUGCAACAACGGACGUGGUCUGCCGCGCUGCGUGAACAUUGACUUGGCUGGGAUCUUGGAUAGCCCAACGUCUGAAGUCCGAGUUUAAUGGGACAGAGAAAACGGAAAAAAACGUUAGGUGUUUAUUUGUUUUCGGUGGUGACUUAGUGUGUGUGGAGCUUGCUGUCCACGCCGCAUGAAUCUCGACAGGAGCAAUUUCGCCUUCUACCUUUUGUUGCUAGAAGAACGCAAGGCAAACAUAGACAAACAUGUUCAUUUUGAGUGUGAGACCAAAACGGAAAGAGAAAUUUUGUAUUUGCACGAUUUAUUCACUAGUCCACUAAUUGAUCAGAUUUGUUGUUCCAGUCGUUGCCGACAGCGAGAAGACGAAUGAGGCCGAUAUUGUCUUCAUUUUAAGAGAAGCAAUCAAACAACCAUUGAUUUGAAUAGCCUACAUUGGCCGUUUGAGCUCUCCCUUAUUUUAAAACAUGAAAAUUCACUUGUCGGUCAUGCGGAUAUUGCUACUCUUUGGAUGGUGUUUCUUACAACAUGGAAUCACCGGCGAAGGGCAAUCGACUCCGGCGACAUGCUCGCCACUCUGCCGCUGCGAGGACGGAGGGGCGGACUGCUCGGGACGGGGACUGACCGCAGUGCCCACCGGCCUAAGCGCUUUUACCUAUUACCUGGACAUCAGCAUGAACAACAUCACAGAGCUUCCUGCAAACGUCUUCCGAAACUUGCCCUACCUAGAAGAAUUGCGACUGGCAGGGAAUGAUUUGGCAUUCAUACAUCCAGAUGCUCUUUCUGGACUUCACCAGCUCAAAGUCUUGAUGUUGCAGAAUAACCAGUUGAGGACGGUCCCCAGUGCUGCCCUGAAAAACCUGCAUUCCCUCCAGUCCCUACGUUUGGAUGCCAAUCACAUCACGGUGGUCCCGGAGGACAGUUUUGAGGGCCUGCAGCAGCUGCGUCACCUUUGGCUGGACGACAACAGCCUGACCGAGGUGCCCAUUGGUCCGCUGCGUCACCAGGGCAACCUGCAGGCGCUGACACUUGCGCUCAAUAACAUUGUGCACAUCCCAGACCACGCCUUCGCCAACCUCACCAGCUUGGUUGUGCUGCAUCUGCACAACAACCACAUCCAGGAGAUUGGCAAGAACUGCUUCACAGGGCUGGGGAACCUGGAGACGUUGGACCUGAACUUCAACAAUCUCAUGAGCUUCCCAGAGGCCAUCCAGACACUGCCCAAACUGAAAGAGCUAGGGUUCCACAGCAACAACAUUGCAGUCAUACCAGAGGGGGCUUUCCAUAAGAACCCACUGCUACGGGCCAUCCAUCUCUAUGACAACCCUCUGUCCUUCGUGGGAGUCACCGCUUUCCAGAACCUCUCCGACCUCAGCUCUCUGAUGCUGCGUGGAGCAAGCAUGAUUCAGGAAUUCCCCAGUCUCACUGGCACAGUCAAGCUAGAGAGCCUCACUCUGACAGGAACCAAGAUCAGCAGCAUCCCAAAUGACCUCUGUGAAGUUCUUAGCCUGCUGCGCACCCUGGAUCUGUCCUACAACCAGAUUCAGGCUCUACCAUCCCUACAAGGCUGUAUGAAACUCCAGGAGAUAAGUCUGCAACAUAACCAACUCCAGCAGAUAGACAGGGACACCUUCCAUGGACUCACUGCCCUGAGGGUCCUAGAUCUGAGCCAAAAUCAAAUCAAGUCCAUCCACAGAGAUGGUUUUCUCUCUCUGAGUGGCCUUACCAAUUUGGACCUGAGUCAGAAUGCUUUGAGUAGUGUUCCUACUGCAGGUCUGACUGCCCUUAACCAGCUCAAGCUCUCAGGAAACCUGCAGAUGAAGCAGCCCCUCUCGGCACAGAGCCUGCCCAAGCUACGGUCCAUCUCUGUCCCCUAUGCUUACCAGUGCUGUGCCUUCAUUGGCUGUGACACCCCCCAGAGCGCCACUCAGGAGGCGGCCAGGAAGAGAGCUUCAGGAGGUGAGGAGGAUGUGGAGCGGGUCUCCCUGGUGAUGCACUGCUCUCCUUCUCCAGGAGCAUUUAAGCCAUGUGACCACCUGCUGGGCAGCUGGAUGAUUCGCCUGACGGUCUGGUUCAUCUGCAUUGUGGCUCUCCUCUUCAACAGCCUGGUCCUGGUGGUCACCUUCAGUCGUCGCGGCGACAGCGCCAGCAUCAGCACCGGCAGCGGCAGCGUGAGCGUAGUCAGCCUGCCCGCGCGUCCCCUCUCGUCCGCCCGGCUGCUCGUGGGCCUACUGGCGGCCGCCAACCUGCUGACGGGCAUGUACACGGCAGCGCUGGUGGGCACAGACGCCUGGGCGUGGGGCCAGUUCGCCCGCGUGGGCGUGUGGUGGGAGGGCAGUGCCGCGUGCGCCGCCCUGGGCGCGCUGGCCGUCUUCUCGGCCGAGUGGGCCGUGCUGCUGCUGGCGCUGGCGGCCGUGGAGCGGAGCCUGGCCGUGCGGGCGCUCCUGGGCAAGGAGGCGGGCGUGGGCGGAGGCGCCGGUCACCGCGGCGGCGUCUUGCGCGGGAGCGGAAUGCGCCGGAGGUUCGGCUGGGCCGCGGCUCUCCUGGCCGCGCUGGCCGCUGGCGCGGGGCUGCUCACACUGCUGCCGGCCAGCAGCGGCGGCGACAGUGCCGGCGGAGAGGGCGCGACGUCACCGGCGUCCAUGGCGGCGUCGCCGCUGUGCCUGCCGUUCUCGGGCGCGUCGGAGCGCGACGGCCGCUGGCUGGGCGUGGCGGUGGCCCUGACGCUGCUCAACGCGCUGGCGUACUUGCUGACCGCCGGCGUGUACACGCGGCUGUACUGCGGCCUGGGCCGCGCCCAGCUCGCCGACCCUGAGCAGGCGGCCGCCGUGCGCCACGUGGCCUGGCUCAUCUUCACCAACUGCCUCUUCUUCUGCCCGGUGGCCGCCUUCUCCUUCAGCCCCCUGCUGGCGGCGACGGGCACUGCGGCCGGCGCGCCGGACAUCGCCAAGUCGGUGCUGCUCAUCUUCUUCCCGCUGCCCGCGUGCCUCAACCCCGUGCUCUACGCCUUCUUCAGUCCAGCCUUCCGGGAGGACUGGCUCCACCUGCGGGGCCGAGGCCGGAGCAGCGGCGUCACCACGGCGACCAUGGGGGGAUGCUGCGGGGCGGCCAGGGGAGGCUCCAAGUGGGACGACGAAGAUGACGUGUCACAGACUGGCAGAGGUUACGCGUGCGGGUACCGGCAGCUGGGCAUCGCACCGGCAGUGGCGUGCCAGAGAUGCUGCCAGGUGGCGCUGCUGGCGAGGAACUCUUCGUCGUCCGCCUCGCCCUCCUCCUCCUCCUCCUCUUCCUCGUCUGGCUGCAGACACCUGGUCAAGUCGCACAGCUGCCCCGCCCUGGCUCCUGCCGGACAUACCCACCACCACCAUCACCACGCUCCUCACGGCCUGCCGGCGCGCCCCGAGGGCUUGUGGGAGAGCGGCACGCCGUCGGCGCAGUCGGAGUACGCAGACGAGGGCGACUCGCUGGUGUCGGACAGCUCCGAGCAGGUGCAGGCGUGCGGACGAGCCUGCUUCUGCCACAGCCGCGGACUGCCCCUCGUCCACUACUCUUACAACCAGCCCCGCGGCAAAGACUGAGCGCUCACACACACACACACACACACACACAGACACACACACACACACAAAUGUUAUAAUUAGCCCCAAAGCAAACACUGAGCACACAGACACACACACACAUACAUACACACACACACACACACACACACACGCACAUUACUCUUAUAACCAGCAUCAAAGCAAAGACUGAUCACUCACGCAUGCACACACACACACAAACACACAAACACACAUAGCCACACAUGCACAUACCUGCAUAAUAAACUAAAUACCG